AUGCUGGUCUUCGUCGAGGCGACGGGGAAUGGAAUCUCGGGGCACGUGCCUUACGACGCGUCGCGCAUAGCCGCUUUCCUGCCAAACUGGGACGGGUUUCGUCUCGGCCACAUCGACGAGUCUCGCAGACAAACCCAGGCUGCCACUGUCUCCUUUCAAAAACAAUUACGUGGAGGCCACCGAUCAUUCUCAUUCAUGUUCAGGCUUCUCAUUUCACACCUAUACCUCCAACUUCUUCGAUCCCACCAUCCGCUAUCUCCACCCGUCCUAAUCCUUGUCGCGCUCGAACCCGACGCGUUAUGUGCCUGUCGAAUCCUCACGGCGUUACUCAAGCGCGAUUACAUCCCUCAUAAAAUCCAACCAGUCGCGGGAUAUGGCGAUCUCGCACGCGCUGGUGAGGAGCUGGUCCAGCCAAUGCAGACCACCAACGGUGGCAGCGGAGGGGUGGUCAUUUGUCUCGGUGUUGGAGGACUGGUGGACCUUGGUGAGAUCCUGAACCUGAACUCUGCAGAAGAGGAGGUGGAGGACCUUGGCGGUAUUGAAAUCUGGGUCUUUGACGCGCGACGGCCAUGGAACCUGGCCAAUGUUUUUGGCGGGCAAGCGGGCAUAGGGCAGGCAAUGGCGGAAAUUGAUGUGAAUGCGCGGCGGCGCGGGAGAGGCGUGGACAAAGGUCGCAUCACCCCUGCCUACACGUCCAAGUAUGGCGGCAUUGUGGUCUUCGAUGACGGUGACAUUGAAGAGGAACUCGGCAGUGAGCGCGAAGCGUAUUACGCAUUACUCGAGAUGCCCGAGGUGGAUGACGACGACAAUGCGAGUGCCGGCGGAUUAAGUGAGGACGAUGACGAUAUUGGUCCCGGGUCAAAGAAACGCAAGUCGUGGUCGGAACGGGAGGAUGGCGAAGAAUCAGAUGAAGAAGACGAGCCUCCUCGACAACGGAAGCGAAGCAAUUCGCGCAGACACGAGGCGGUGCUGCAGAAAUACUAUGCGUCGGGAACUUCGUACUCUGAGCCAAUCUCAUCGCUUGUUUACUCUUUAGCUUCUGAGCUCGGUCGUGAGGACAACGACCUCCUUUGGCUGGCUAUCAUCGGCGCUUCAAGCUUGGAGUUAAGUGGUCGAACGAUGACUGGCGUGGGUAUUUCCAGCACCUCUGAGUCGGGAGGCUCUGCGGGCUGGGGUGGACAGCGGGGCGAGCAUGUCCGUCAAAUUUUGAGAGAUGAAGUCCACAGAUUGAACCCACCAGAUCCGUUUGAGCGGGAUCGAGACAUCAGAGGAGAAAUCAAUGGCGUCAUCCCAACAACAGCCAGGUCGCCGACAGACACUUCUAUACGCCUAUCCCCAGAACCGCGCUUCUUACUAGUUCGCCAUUGGUCGCUCUAUGACAGUAUGCUGCACAGUCCGUACCUGGCCACAAGACUUCAUGUGUGGACAGAAAAUGGACGCAAGCGUCUACACAAGCUUUUGGCUAAGAUGGGUGUCAGCCUCAGUCAGUGCCAUCAAAACUACACCCACAUGGACAUGGAACUGAAGCGGGUCUUACGGGGACGGCUCCUCAAGUAUGCGCCCAUGUAUGGUCUUGAUGGCUUGGUCCCUCCAGAAACUUCGGGUGGACAUGCUACUUCACGCGAGGGCUGGGGCUUCGUCCGCUGCUGGGGAUGGAAAGCUUGUCUCUCCGCGACAGAUGUUGGCGUUAUCGUUGGCGCCAUGCUGGAAGUUGGUCCAAAUGAAGCUUCGGGGUCAUGGGACGCCAAACGCAUUUCCCGGCCACCAGCAUCAAACGAAGACGCCGAACCCAAGCUUGGUCCCAAUGGAUCUGAUUUGGCCAGUCUGUUGCCUCGAUUCUGGACUGCCUACGACGCUCUUUCGCUUACGUCUGAGUCCCCUACCCUUCUCAUGGAGGCACUCCCACUAGCUCAGCAUCUUCAUCGCGCCAUUCUCCGCACCGGAACUUCUCUUCUAUCGAAGCACCAGAUUCGUCAUCUCCGAGCUUUCCGAAUUGCAGUUGUGAAAGAUGGCCCUGAUGUGAAAUUAUUCACCAAUGCUGGGGCGCUGACAAAAUUGGCUCUCUGGAUCGCCGAGGCCAUCAAAGUUCAGGAACGCGACAAAGGUGACUCCGUCAAGAUUGGGCGGAAGAGAGCAGCUGGUACUCCUCUUGUUCUCGCUGGACUUGACGAAGACCGGGAUCUCUAUGUCGUUGUGGGUACGGGUGGAGGCGGCGGUGUAGUCGAUUUCGCUGCUCUGUCAAAGCGUCAAGAGGAACGACGGAAGCGCAAAGAAGCAAGAGAGAAGAAGCAAAAGGAACGAGAAGCACGACGGGCACGGCGCGCCGCAGAACAGGCGGAACAGGACGAUGACGAUGCUGAAAACGAGGAAUCGGAAGAGUCCGAAUCGUCUUCUGAAUCGGAGUCUGAGGAUGAAGAUCCUCGUGGAAACAAGAAUCUCCUGCGCAACCGGUUUGGCAUUGCCUUCCAAGAGGUGGUGCAAGAGACCAACGCACGCGUCCGCAUUGAUUCUUUUGACCACUGUGUUGUCGAGGUUCAAAAGGAUGACCUCGGAGGAUUCCUUGAAGCCCUCAGCUUCCGCAGCGUGGUUGGCUGA